UGACGGACGCUUCACGAUGACACAGCUGGUCGGGAUGCUGCGUGGCAUCGCCGCAGGGAUGAAGUACCUGUCAGACAUGAACUAUGUUCACCGAGACCUCGCCGCGCGGAAUAUCCUGGUCAACAGCAACUUGGUCUGCAAGGUCUCAGACUUUGGCCUGUCACGAUUUCUGGACGACACCUCUGCUGACCCCACAUACACAAGCUCCCUGGGAGGGAAGAUUCCCAUCCGGUGGACGGCGCCAGAGGCCAUCGCCUUCAGGAAGUUCACCUCUGCCAGUGACGUGUGGAGUUACGGUAUCGUCAUGUGGGAGGUGGUGUCCUAUGGAGAGAGACCAUACUGGGACAUGAGCAACCAGGAUGUGAUGACGGCAGUAGAGCAGGACUACCGUUUGCCGCCUCCCAUGGACUGUCCCAUGGUGCUGCAUCAGCUGAUGCUGGAGUGCUGGAUGAAGGAGAGGAACCUGAGGCCUAAGUUCUCGAACAUCGUCAGCACCCUGGACAAGCUGCUCCGCAAUGCCGCCAGCCUCAAGGUGGUGACCAGCACCAACUCAGGGGACCUGCUGCGGCUCGGAGGAACGCUGCCAGGACACAACAGGAAGAGUCCGGACAGCAGUCAGGAAAUCGUUCGGCAACAGAUGAGCCAAACUCUCCCCAUCAGAGUGUGAGCUCCCGCAAAUCAUCGGCGGACGCAGGACGAAUGAGAAACUACCUAGAAACUCUGGUGCAAAAAGAGCCUAAUGUAUAAUAAAAAAAGAAGAAGAUAGAAGAAGGAAACUGCAGAGAGCAAGGACCUGCUUUUGGAGAUUUUUUUUUUCCCGACUGGAGAUUUAAUGUCCAUUUUAAGAGAACUUUCCAUUGCAGUCUGUGUGUUCAUUACUUGACACUUUGUGGAUUUGUAUAAUUGACAUAAGGCCGAACUUCCUAUUGCCCCCUCUCAGGUUGUGUUUGCAUGUCUGCAUGUGUUUUCUGCUGGUUGGGAAUCAAUCCCUCCCUCUCUUCCACCCCUGACGGAGGAUGGGAGAGCUCACACAAAUGAUAGGAUUCUGUGUCUAUAACGAUACAACUGUGCCAAAAUAAAGCAAACAUUUGCUUUAAAACUAACUCUUAAAACCGCUCUACAUCUCUAGA